UGCUUCAUAGAAAAGAGUGAAACCAAAGGUAAGAAAGAGUUGAGAGUUUGUUUGGCCCCCACAAUCAUAAUAUCGAUCCAAACUUUACCUUAUAGUAUUAUUCUAAUUGUUGUUAUUAUGAUAUAAAUAAAAAUCUCAUACAUACAUCUCAGCUGCAUUUAUGGCUUCCAAGUUCGUGGCUUCAUUGGGUUGUGUUAUUUGCAAUGAGAGUUGGGGUCCCACAUCGCCUAGGCCUCACUACCCUUCUAUGCCUAAAUACCCCAAAGGCCAGUCUCCCGGCGAUGAGGGUGCAGAGGCCAAAGCUCUUUUCUCCGUCGCCGGACUCACGUGCUCCGCAUGUGCCGGCUCCGUCGAAAAGGCCGUUAAGCGUCUCCCCGGAAUCCGAGAAGCCGCCGUAGAUGUCUUGAACAAUAAAGCUCUCGUCCAUUACUACUCUAACUUUGUUACAGAGGAAAGAAUUCGUGAGGCUAUAGAAGAUGCUGGAUUUGAGGCAACGACAAUCAAACAAGAUGAUAAUACAGCAAACGACAAGUCAAUCCAAGUAUGCAGAAUCCGCAUCAAUGGAAUGACUUGUACAUCUUGUUCUUCCACAAUUGAAUCAGCUCUGAAAGCACUUUAUGGGGUUCAGACAGCUCAAGUGGCCUUAGCAACAGAAGAAGCAGAAGUUUAUUAUGAUCCAAACUUUCUAAGCUAUAAUCAGUUUCUUCAAACCAUAGAAGAUACUGGUUUUGAAGCCAUGCUUAUCAGCUUAGGAGAAGACAUUAGCAAGAUAGAUAUCCAAAUUGAUGGCUUUAAAACUGACCAUUCCUUGAAAACCAUAGCCAAGUCUCUUCAGUCUCUAGAUGGAGUACAAGAAAUUGAAACAUACCCAGAACUUAAAAAGAUCUCAAUUUCAUACAAACCACAGUUGACUGGACCAAGAACUUUCAUUGAAGUGAUUGAGUCAUCUGGGUCAGGUCAUUUCAAGGCCAUGAUAUACCCUGAAGAUCAAGUAGAUAGAGAUAGUCAUAGACAGCAGGAGAUUAAGCAGUACUACAAAUGGUUUUUAUGGAGUUUGGUUUUCACUAUACCUGUUUUUUUAACUUCAAUGGUUUUCAUGUAUGUACCUGUGAUAAUGAAGGUUUUGGAUAUCAAAAUAGUCAACAUGUUGACCAUUGGUGAGCUUUUGAGGUGGGAAUUGGCUACUCCUGUUCAGUUCAUCAUUGGCUGGCGAUUCUAUGUAGGUUCGUAUAAGGCGCUUCGCCACGGCUCUCCUAACAUGGAUGUUUUGAUUGCUUUAGGAACAAAUGCAGCCUACUUUUACUCUGUCUACAUAGUGUUGAGAGCAGCUAACUCUAAAGAUUUCAAAGGGACUGAUUUUUUUGAGACUAGUUCAAUGCUCAUUACUUUCAUUCUUUUGGGGAAGUAUUUGGAGGUUUUGGCUAAGGGAAAGACAUCUGAGGCCAUUGCCAAGCUUAUGAAUUUGGCUCCCGAAACAGCAACACUAUUGACUCUUGAUGGGGAAGGAAAUGUGGUGAAUGAGCAAGAAAUAGAUAGCCGUUUGAUACAGAAGAAUGAUGUGAUCAAGAUCAUUCCUGGGGCUAAAGUAGCUUCUGAUGGUUUGGUCUUAUGGGGGCAGAGCCAUGUCAAUGAGAGCAUGAUAACAGGCGAAGCUCGGCCAGUAUCAAAACGAAAAGGCGAUGCAGUUAUUGGAGGCACUCUGAAUGAAAAUGGGGUUAUGCAUAUCAAAGCUACACGAGUUGGAUCAGAGAGUGCUCUUUCUCAGAUUGUAAGACUUGUCGAGUCAGCCCAGAUGGCUAAAGCUCCAGUACAGAAAUUUGCUGAUCGGAUUUCGAAAUACUUUGUUCCAUUGGUCAUAGCACUUUCUUUUGCAACCUGGCUUGCUUGGUUUUUGGCAGGAAGGUUCCAUAGUUACCCACGUUCAUGGAUACCAUCUUCAAUGGACAGUUUUGAGCUUGCUCUCCAGUUUGGAAUCUCAGCUGUGGUCAUAGCAUGUCCUUGUGCCUUAGGCUUAGCUACUCCUACUGCUGUUAUGGUUGGAACUGGUGUUGGUGCUUCUCAGGGGGUGCUCAUUAAAGGAGGCCAGGCAUUAGAAAGUGCUCAUAAGGUUAGUUGCAUUGUGUUUGACAAGACAGGAACUCUUACAAUUGGAAAACCAGUAGUUGUCAACACAAGAAUCCUUAACAACAUGGUUCUUCGUGAGUUCUACGAACUCGUUGCUGCAACUGAGGUGAACAGUGAACAUCCACUAGCCAAGGCCACUGUUGAGUAUGCAAAAAAGAUGAAAGAAGAUGAAGAGAACAUCAUUUGGCCAGAAGCUGAGAACUUUGUGUCUGUCACAGGGCAAGGAGUUAAGGCCAUUAUUAAGAACAAGGAAAUCAUAGUUGGAAACAAGAGCUUAAUGCUUGAAAACGACAUAGAAAUCCCAUUGGAAGCUCAAGAAGCACUUGAGGAAGCUGAAGGAAUGGCUCAAACUGGGAUCAUAGUAUCCAUAGAUGGAGAAGUAGCUGGAAUUGUAUCCAUAUCUGAUCCACUCAAACCCGGGGCUCGAGAAGCUAUUUCGAUUUUGAAAUCCAUGAAAAUCAAGAGCAUAAUGGUGACAGGUGACAAUUGGGGUACUGCCAAAUCUAUUGCCAAGGAAGUUGGGAUUGAAACCGUGGUUGCUGAGGCCAAACCCGAGAUGAAAGCUGAGAAAAUAAAGGAAUUGCAGUCAUCAGGGCACAUUGUAGCAAUGGUGGGAGAUGGAAUCAACGACUCGCCGGCAUUGGUGGCGGCGGAUGUAGGAAUGGCGAUCGGUGCAGGCACAGACAUAGCUAUUGAGGCAGCUGACAUAGUUCUGAUGAAGAGCAACUUGGAGGAUGUGAUAACAGCCAUUGAUCUUUCUAGGACAACCUUCACUAGAAUUCGACUCAACUACAUUUGGGCAAUGGGUUAUAAUAUACUUGGUAUCCCAAUAGCUGCUGGAGUCCUCUUCCCCUUCACCGGGUUUCGGUUGCCACCAUGGAUUGCCGGAGCAGCCAUGGCAGCAUCCUCAGUCAGUGUGGUUUGCUGCUCUUUGUUGUUGAAGAACUACCGGAGACCCAAGAAGCUGGAUGAACUCGAAAUAGGAGGAAUAACCAUCGAAUAGUGAUGUAAAUAAAAUAAUAAAAAAAAAGGGAUCGAUUUUACAGUUUUUGUUUGAAUAAAGUAAAGGUUUUUGGUUGAUUGUUUGUGAUUAUCUCAAUCAAGAAUAACUGUAAGAAAUGUAGUUUUGAUUUAUAUUUAUAUACAUAUAUAUACAAUGUAGCAUGUAAAUAUAGAGGUUGUGUUAAGAAACUACAAAUGUGAAGAAAGGAUUUAAGGAGCUGCAGUUUAUA